AUGGAGAACGUGAUUAAAAGCGUGGACUUCCACUGCCAGGCCAACAACGCUGCCCACCGAACCAUUGAAAUCUCAACCAAGCAGCUGAUUGUGAGGCGAGGCCAGUCCUUCCUCCUGACUCUGGAAAUGAUGCGGCCUUUCAGUUCAUCGGACGUACUCGUCCUCACGGUGGAAACAGGUUCUGCUCCGUCAGAGAGGUUCGGGACCCGGUCUGAGUUCGGCAACCCGUCGCCAAUGUACGCCAGCGACGUCAAGGCGAUCUGGAAGUACAACAUCGACAGGAGCGCCGUCCUGCAGAGGGGCAUCGUGACUCUGUCGGUGACCCCGCCGGCUGACGCCCCCGUAGGGAAGUACUCGCUGUCGGCAUGUGCCGGGAAGGGAAACACCAAUCUGGGAACCCUGGUGGUGCUCUUCAACCCCUGGUGCUGUGAUGACUGGGUGUAUCUUCCUGACGAAAGGGAAAGACAGGAAUAUGUGAUGAAUGAAGAAGGAAUCAUCUAUCAUGGAUCGGCCCAUUACAUCACCCCUUUGACCUGGAUCUUUGGACAGUUUGAGGAGGAUAUGGUGGACAUUUGCCUCAAGAUGUUGGACGUCAACCCAAAACACUUUAGAGACCCGGCUGACGAUGUCUCUGCUCGCUGCAACCCCAUCUAUGUUGGCCGUGUGGUCAGCGCCAUGAUCAACAGUAAUGAUGAUAGGGGCGUGUUGGUGGGAUGCUGGGGGGACAACUACUAUGGCGGUGUAAGUCCCACCCGCUGGACUGGCAGCGUUAGCAUCCUUCGGCACUGGUACCAAAACAACUGCCUGCCGGUGAAGUUCGGACAGUGCUGGGUGUUUGCUGGUGUCAUGUGUACAGUGAUGCGGUUCCUUGGGAUCCCAUGUCGUGUUGUCACAAACUUCAAGUCAGCUCACGAUACAAACAACAGCCUCAGUAUCGAUGAGUACUAUGACGACUGCGGCAUACAAGCCCGGGAAACCUCAGACACCAUCUGGAACUACCACGUGUGGGUGGAGGGAUGGAUGAAGCGACCAGACCUCAAGAAAGACAACAGCUACGAUGGUUGGCAGGUUCUGGAUCCCACUCCACAGGAAAUGAGCCAAGGAGUGUACUGCUGUGGUCCUUCUCCUGUUGCCGCCAUUCUUUGUGGCGACACCGAGCUCAAGUAUGAUCUGCCGUUCGUCUUCGCUGAGGUCAACGCUGACAUCGUCAGAUGGAAGGUCAAUGCUGAUGGUUCCAAGAGGAAAAUGUACUCUGACAGCUGGACAGUGGGUCAGAACAUCUCCACCAAGGCUGUGGGCUGCAACAUGAGAGAUGACAUCACCAACAACUACAAACACAGAGAAGGCACCAUGAGGGAGAGGGCCGUCUUCAACCGAGCCGUCGAGAGAAUGAACUCAGGAGGUGAUCAGCAGAGCUUCUGUGGAGUACACGAGCCCCUGAAGGUGGAGAUGAAAAUCGAAGAGGAGGCCACUGUCAUAAACGGUCAGGACAUUAAACUGAGGCUGAAGUUGUGCAAUAAGGAUCGCACCAGCAGAGUGAUGUCCAUCCAAGUCAACGCCCAGGCCAUGAGGUACAACGGAAAACCAGCUGGCAACAUCCUGAACACAGUGCAGCAGAGGACGCUUCUGCCUGGACAAGGUGUGACCAUACCGAUCCAGAUCCCGUUCUCCACCUACGACAGACACAUGGUGGGCUUGGACAGCAUGAAGGUUUCAGCCAUGGCCUGGGACGACGACGACAUCUACGAGACCGAGACCGACAUCGUCCUGCAGGACCCUGAGAUCUCUAUCAAGGUUUUAGGUCCAGCCCACGUGAACCGUGAGAUCACUUUGGAGGUGGAGUUUAAAAACCCGCUGAACAAGACGCUGACAGACUGCUCUCUGACCGUCAUCGGCUGUGGCUUCUUCAGGUCAGACUACGUGGAAAGCAACACCUGUGAUUUGGCGCCGUACGCCACGCUGAGGCUCAACAUCACUACGAUCCCCUACAGGGUCGGACUGAGGUCCGUGGUGGCCGACUUCGACUGCAGCUCCUUCAGAGACGUGAAGGGAAGCUGCAUCGUCGACGUCAAACCAUGAGGGCGACUUCAUCGGGUUUGGGCUGAAAUAGCCCGGCUCAUUGUUAAGACGCUUUAGAUAAUUAAUCCUCUGGAAUGGGUUUGUUUGUUGUAAUUUACUGCUAAAAAAUGGCAAGAAAUGGAAACUUUCACCUGUUUUCUUUGCUUUGGAUAGUUGUGGAAGAGAAUAGAUAUUUACCUUAUUUAAAUCAAUAUUGAGUGUUUCACAGCAUUUUCUGUUACAUGUAAUAAUUCUGACUGAAUGUAGCUCAGUUUGAACCUGUGUUUUAUACGAUUACAUCAUUUUCAUGUCAUAUAAUGAGCUGGAGAGCCACAACACCUCCUGCAUUCACCCACACAAACCUAAAUGAACCCAUGCAACAGUCAUGAGAAAUC